AUGAGGCCAUUGACGUACUUCCUUGGCAGUGAACGAAGAUAUCUUCUGGACACUCCCAUUGUGGGGGCAAAUCUGCUCCAGCAUUCCAAAUUCUCUGAGCCUUUCAUUCCCUUCAUCAACACUAAGACACGGGAUAUCAGGCAGCUGGAGCUCAUUCACAGACAUCAGAUUCUAUCUGGAUUGGAAAGAAGUCAGGAUGCGUUAAAGGAAUUUGUGUACUGCCUUGCUUUAAAUCCUGAAUGUAACUCAGUUGAAGAAAGAAACACAGAAGCUUCAGCAAAUGUGCAUCAAAUUUUGAUAUUUUCUAUGCAGAGAGUAAAGGCUCAGUGUGAAGACAAGAUAAACCCCCAGUCUCCUCCAGAAGAAGGUCAUGGUAGGGAGAGUCCUGUGAAUCCAUCUGAGCAGUCUAAUGUAUUCAGAAAUGACAAUCCUUCAAUUUUGUAUUUCAUAUUGGCCUACACUUUGAAGAAGAUAAGAGUGUUAGAAAACAUCAUUCCAGUAGCACCCAACAGUGCUCUGAGGAGACAACUUCCUAGCGAUAUGCAAGAUGCAUGUGACCUGAAUGUCCCUAGGUAAAUUCCCAAGAAAUGUCAUUAUCCAGAGUUCCUGACUGAUAUAACUGAUGAGUGUGCUCUUUGCAUGAGGUUUGGACAGUUAACAUUUCAUCAGAUCAUCAGAAAGGCCACAUUCCCAGAGCAGCAGAUCUUCAGAACUCUGGAAGUUAUUUCCCUAAAGAAACAUAUUCCUAAUGUGAAAAAUGAAAAUAUAAAAACAUUUCAGAUGAAAUAUUUGGGAACAUUUGUCACAAUUAGGAGCAGUCAGAAGUACUGGUUCAGGGUGCUAAGUAAUUGUCAUAGAGAUGGCUAUAACACAAGAGACAUUGAGUAUCUGAAAGAUGAAAAGGUAGAAGGCCCAGAGUAUGAAGAACUUGCCAUUCUUCAUGAUUAAGUUUAUCAGCUGUCUUAGCUACCUGUUUCCUGGUUUGCUUCUCUCAAAGAUCACAUGAAAGAACAAAUUGUAAGACACUUUGGGGAGAUGGCAGACAGGGACCCUGAGCCACAGAGCAAUCCCAGUGGUCCUGCCUGGUCCUGAUGGAUUAUGGUAGUGUUGCCCCUGUAAUGCAAGGCUGAGAUGAUCAUCCUAAGCAUGACCUCCCUUACGGACUGUCUGCUUACCAUUUUCCACAUCUUAGUCACCAUCACACGUAAGAUGAAUAGUCACUAAGAGCUAGCUAAUAUCAGGGAGAAAAAAUAA